AUGGGCAAUCUGGAUGCUGGAGUCGAGGUCAUCGAUCUCGAAUCAGACGAUGACGAUCUGGAGAUAACAGCCUAUGCAAGGCCCGGCAACACACCCGGUACGGGUCUCGUGGAUCCCAAGCAUGUGCGCGAUAACGCAGCUUACCAACUAAAAGAUAGGAGACAAAUUAUUUCCGAACGAGAAAAGCCUGCGAUCUCGACCCCCCAGCGGUAUACCACUCCUACAAAAUUCAAGUCAGAGCCACGACAUCCUCCCUCUCGCCUAAUUCCGAGUACCCCAAUCAAGGCCAAAGAGGAGAGCGAAGAUGAGUUUAAUGAUGGCGAGACGACAUACAAGAACUUCAAGGAGCGCAAAGCCGUCAAGCGCAAGCAGGCCGCAGCCGCUACUCGACGAGCAAAGCUCCCGAAGAGACAACCACGCGACCAAGAGAUGGUCGGUCUGGUGAAACCAGAGCGCGCGCCGGCGCGACCAAAAAGGCCGUUGAGGGAUUAUGGCGAAAUCUCCUCGGAGGAUGAGCUCAUGGAGUACACUCUCCCGGACUAUCUCAAAAAGCGAAGGGUCAAAUUCGAUCGUCAGCAGCAAAGUUUGAAUGACGCUGGGUUGAAACUCCCCCCAUCGUAUGACGAUGUUGACUUCUCGGAUGAUGAGCGUCUUGAACAUUUACAGGAAAGGCCCGCCUUUCCCGGUCAAUCCCCUGCAAGGGCUUACAAGGAUAUUACUCUACCAUGCUCGCUCGGCCUGAUCCCAGCCCCGAUUGCGCAGUGGCUGAGACCAUAUCAGAUUGAGGGCGUCGCCUUUAUGCAUGAGCUUUUCGUCUAUCAGAAAGGCGGCAUUCUUGGCGAUGACAUGGGCUUGGGUAAAACUAUUCAAGUGAUUGCGUUCCUGACCGCCGUCUACGGCAAGACUGGCGAUGAGCGGGAUUCCAAACGCAUGCGGAAGAUGCGAAGGACUGGAGAGGGGACCUGGUACCCACGCACCAUCAUCAUCUGUCCCGGAACGCUGAUCUCGAAUUGGAUGUCUGAGCUGCAGCGCUGGGGCUGGUGGCAUGUUGACGUGUACCAUGGCAGCAGCAAGGACAUUGCUCUGCAUGCCGCAAAAUCGGGCCGUGUUGAGAUCCUCAUCACCACCUACACAACUUAUGUGAACAAUAGAGAUUCGGUGAAUAUGAUUGAAUGGGAUUGCGUGAUUGCAGACGAGUGUCACAAAAUCAAGGAGCGCAAGUCGGAGACGACCCAAGCCAUGAACGAGAUCAACUCACUGUGCCGGGUCGGCUUAACGGGAACGGCGAUCCAGAAUCGAUACGAAGAGCUGUGGACACUGUUGAACUGGACGAACCCAGGUGUCGUUGGACCCGUGACAACAUGGAAAGCGCAGAUUGCUGAGCCUUUGAAGAUCGGCCAAUCUCACGAGGCAACGUUGAAUCAAUUGAGCAAAGCUCGAAGGACGGCCAAGAAGCUGGUCGAGAAUCUUUUACCCCAAUUCUUUCUUCGCCGAAUGAAGACUUUGAUUGCAGAUCAGCUUCCGAAGAAGAGUGAUCGGGUGGUGUUUUGCCCACUCACUGCAACACAAGCAGAAGCUUAUGAGAACUUCUUGGACAGUGACAUUGUUACCACGAUCAAGUGGGCCACCGAACUUUGCGACUGCUCGUCGGGCAGGAAGCAGGGAUGGUGCUGUCGUAAAUAUGUACCGGGCACGGACAAAACAUGGCAGUCUCUUGUCUUUCCAGCCAUUGCGGUCCUGCAGAAGCUCAGCAAUCAUCUAGCCAUUCUCAUCCCCCAGGGUAAUGACUCGAAUGAGAAACAAGAGAAGGAGAAGGAGAUGUUACAGAUUGCUUUGCCUGAUCAGUGGGAGGAUCUUUACCGCUCGCGUGACUCCAUUGUGAACUACGCGAAUCCUGAAUUCUGUGGGAAAUGGAAAGUCCUUCGCAAGCUGCUGAGGUGGUGGCAUGCGAACGGGGACAAGGUGCUGGUAUUUUCCCAUAGCGUUCGUUUGCUGAAAAUGCUCCAAAUGCUAUUCAAUCACACAAGCUACAACGUCAGCUAUCUGGAUGGCUCCAUGAAGUAUGAAGACCGCGCCAAGGCCGUCGGCGAGUUCAACUCCGAUCCCAAUCAGUUCGUCUUUCUCAUUUCCACCAAGGCCGGUGGCGUCGGGCUGAACAUUACGUCGGCGAACAAGGUAGUUGUGGUUGAUCCCAACUGGAAUCCCGCGUACGAUCUGCAAGCUCAGGAUCGAGCUUACCGUAUCGGACAAGUUCGUGAUGUCGAAGUCUUCCGUCUCGUCUCAGUUGGCACCAUUGAAGAGAUCGUCUACGCUCGGCAAAUCUACAAGCAGCAACAAGCCGAGAUCGGCUACACUGCCAGCUCGGAGCGGCGAUACUUCAAGGGCGUUCAAGAGAAGAAAGAUCAAAAAGGCGAAAUAUUUGGCAUGCACAAUCUGUUCGCUUACCAGCAUGACAAUGUUGUCCUUCGCGACAUCGUGAACAAGACCAACGUCGCGGAAAGCCGAGCUGGCGUCCAGGUCAUGGACAUCGAGGUCAAAGAAGACCCCGAAAGCGGCAUGCUUGGUGACGGACAAGUCAAAGCCGAAGACGAGGCCAUGAGCCAAUUAGCCGCAAUGAUCCGCGGUGAAUCAGAUGCCGAUGGUCCUAAGCCUGAGACAUCCCGCAGCCACGACCCGAUCCAAGCAAUUCUCGCAGGCGCCGGAGUCGAAUACACCCACCUGAACAAUGAAGUCAUCGGUUCAUCUCGGGUCGAGGAAAGACUGAGUCGACGCGCCGAGCAGAUUACCGAUGACCCGGAAGCGAAUUUCCAAAUCUUCGAGCCUUCCCAACUAGACGAUGGCGGUUCUGAUCCAUUCGAAGAACCGCGUCACUUGCCUCCUCCGCCUUCUGUGUUUCAAGGACCAGAGGGGCAGAUUGUGCGAUUCAAGUACAACCCGCCUGAGGAUGUCAAGCGCCGGCAGUUUUGUAGCAUGGCGCGCCGCUUCGGAUAUGCCGAUGCUACGGAGUUUGCGCUCGUGGUGGAGAAUAUGACUCAGGCUCAGCGAAGAGAGUGUCUAGAUAAGUGGUAUGAGGAGCGAAGAAAUGUUGUCUUGGCCAAAGACCACAAGGAGGCUGUGGCUGUCAAGGAGGAGUCAUAA